AUGUUCGGAAAGGCAGCUAUCGUCAACGCGCUCGUGAGCGCCGUGUCCGCAGACUACCAGUACUAUAUCCACGGCUCCGGCGCCACCACCAAAUACGUAAACCUGUCACCGAACUACAAGAACUCUGGCGACACUGGCAGCAAGCAAGGUGCUAAGAUCACGAUCGAUAACACGGCCAAGUGGAACAGCGACAUGUGGAGGACAGAGCUCAUCCCCCAGACGAAGGCUGCUAUCAACCAAGGCACAGUAUACUACCAUUUCUCGAUCAAGAGAUCUACGACCAACGUUCCAAGUGCGACGAACGAACACCAGAUCUGUUUCUUCGAGAGCCAUUUCACCGAGCUUAAAUAUGGAUGGGUCAACGGAGAGUCUGGCACUAGCAACACCAACUUGCAAUGGUUGGUGGGUGGCCAAAGCAAGUGGAAGGUCGAGCUCAAGGCCGACGAGUGGCAUAACGUCGCUUACGAGAUCAACUUCUCUUCCAACCAAGUCACCUUCUGGCACUCUACCGGCAACAGCACGCUCACCAAGACUGCUGGACCUUUCUCCACCAGUACUUCUUCUAAUGGUGCUGACUGGCAUCUUGGUGUCCUUCGUCUGCCCCGCCAGGGUAACGAUGGCACGGGCGCCGAAGACUGGUUCUUCUCGGGGACGUACAUUGAGAGCGGCCCGCUCACAACGUCCGUUGCUAGCCCCGCUGCAUGA